AUGAGUCUCAACAGCACACCACAGAGGGUGGAACAGAAGUUUCAGCUGGCAUCCAAAGAGACCUUAAAGCCAGUCAUCCGUGAGGUCUUAGAACGGCUGACGGCGCAAAACUGGAACAGACUGGAGACUGGGUUUAUUGACCCAGAAACCGCCUCUCUUGUGACAGAUUUGUGUGUCACUAUAGUUGAAGUUUUGGCUGAAAGUCUCUAUGAGUCUUUAAGCAGGAGAUUUAAAAAACGGAAAGGAUCUGCUACAUCUGUGUGUAAGGAGGACGUGCAUGAAUGUUUAGGUAACAUGGGUGAAGUCAUCACACAGACUGUGGCAGAAAUACAGGGUGUAGGUGACAUCCACUACCUUCAGUGCGAGCAGAUGACAGAUGUCAUGGUCACAGCAGUCACAGAGAAAGUAAACUCCAGGCUGUCUAAAACAAGUGACACUGACGUCACGGAGGAGCACAAGCCCCCUCCCACUUAUCUAAUCAAACUGACUCGACACUUGAAGGCGAUUCUCAAAAAGUGCUCCAAAAAGGCGAGUAAAAUGAUGACUAAAAAGAAGCUCAAGAAAGCUCGGGAAGGUGAGAUGUCAACGUCACACCAGGAGAAGAGGGUGGAGGAGACUGAGGAUAAAGUUCUUCAAAUCCUGGUUGAACAACUGGAGAAGAUUUCUAAUGAUUCUCUGAGUUACUUCACAGAGGAAGAAGAUAGCCUGCUUCUUUCUAAAACCAGCAAGGACUCAGAGUUAUCAGAGUUAUCAUUUCGGAUUGUAGAAGCUUUUUCAAAUGAGGCUUCACAGGACCUGGUUGGAGAGAAACAAUCAUACACAGAAGAGACCUUAAUACACAACAGGAGAAAGGUCAUCAACAGGAUGAGGACUGUCUUUGUCCAAACAUUUGCUCGAGGGUCAAUCCUGAGCAUGAUGUGUAAAGUCAGACGCAAGCAGGCCUCCCAUCAAGGACAGGAAGUUGUGGAAUUAGACACAUCACAGCUGAUUAAGAGUGUGGAUAACCUUUUAUCAGAGGUCAUUACACAAAACGAUCAGGAUACAAGAAGUGGGUCAAGAGAGGUUUGCCUCUUUGAGACUCUUGUCAGCAACAUUUCCCACGGCAAGCUGGAAAGUUUUGCUGAGAAGCUGCAUGACACAUUGGACGACCACUUGACACCACUAGGAGUCCAAGAAGAAACAUACGAAGAGGAGAUUCAGACUGAAGUAGCCAAUGUCAUUAAACGGAUAAGGAAUUGGCUAAAGAAGCAGAUCCGACUGCACAAGACUAGGGAGGACAGUGUGAGCGUGACUCUGAGACAGGUCAAGGAAGUUGUGCUCAUUAAAUAUUCACAUCUCAGUUCCCCCAAAACUGAAGCUGAGGAUCAGACCUGCCCCACAACUGUACAAGAGAAGGUUCAAAGCCUCAAAACUGAGAAGGAAGAAGAAGAGGCCUGCCAAGAUGAGGAGGAGGAAGAAGAGGCCUGCUUAGUUGAGGAGAAGGAAGAAGAGGCCUACACAGCUGAGGAGCAAGUAGAACAGGCUCAGGUGGCAAAAGCAUCAUGUGAAUACACGGAGUCUGUUAAAAAGAAGUGGGACCGACUGUCUUGUGAAAUCAUCGUAAAGGUGUUCUUACGCAAAGUCAUGAAGGAUUUCCGCCCCCAUGUGGAUUACAAAUCAGUGGAAGCCAGACUGUCAGACAUGCUGAUUGAAAAGAUGAUUGGUACUGACAUUAAUGUUGAUUUGAGCCUGAAAAGCAUAGAAAAGAAAUGCAAAGCUGUGUACAAAGACCUACGCAAGAAGGUUGGUGGCGGAGUUCUUUGGAUAAGUCUUUUACAGCAGAAAGAAACAGUCAUUGAGGCUGCGGCUGAGGCUCUAAAAAAGCAUUUUUCACCACCAAGACCCAGCGGCAUCCAAAAGGUCUUGAGAUGUGUAUUCCGGCCUUUCACUGCCCUCUUUAACUGUUGCUAG